CCUUCUCCAUUUGUUAGAUUUCAUCUGAUUAUGACAGUUUCUUUUUUAAUGGGGAACAUUUAGCUGAGCUUUCUUGCUUUCUGUGAAUCUUUUUCCCAUCUGGUCUCUCCUGCUUUCAUUUUCGCCCAUCACACCAUCACAGGGAUUCACAGGAAGCUACAAAAAAAAAAACACCCGCCCAUCCUCCUCUCCCUUCACCAAAGUUCGCAAACACCCAUUAUGCAGUUUGAUGUGGGCAUCUAGUUUUUGGAGCCUCAUUGAUGAUUCUUGGACCACUUUGAAGUUAUUGCAGAGGGUGGUAUUUGCAGCAGGGGGGAUCUGAUUGUCCUGAAUCCUAAAUAUUGGGAACCCAGAAAGAUCCAAGGCACUGUUCGUCUUUCUCAUUUUGAUGGUGAAAUCUCCUAUUAGCAGAAUGGCAAAACGAAAUGGCCUGUUUUACCCCACCAUUGGGUUUGCAUCUUUGGUGACUUUUAUUUACCUGUGUUUUGGGGACUUAUGGGUAGAUGUCCAGAAAGAAACAAAAUUAAAUUUUGUGGAGAGGAAUGGGACUCAGUUUUUUGUGGAUGGUCAAGCCUUCUAUAUCAAUGGGUGGAACUCUUAUUGGUUGAUGGACCAUGCUGUGGAUGGGAGCAGAAGACCAAGAAUUAGAGCCAUGCUGCAAGCUGGUGCUAAGAUGGGACUCACCGUGUGUAGAACUUGGGCCUUCAAUGAUGGUGAACAUAAUGCAUUACAGCUUUCCCCUGGGAGAUUUGAUGAAAGAGUAUUUAGAGCCUUAGACCAUGUACUUGCUGAAGCCCGACAAAAUGGAAUUAGGCUGAUACUUUGCUUGGUUAAUAACUUGCAAGCGUAUGGUGGGAAGACACAAUAUGUGAAGUGGGCAUGGGAAGAGGGUGUUGGUUUAAGCUCUUCUAAUGAUUCAUUCUUCUAUGAUCCAACCAUCCGCUAUUAUUUCAAAAACUAUGUUAAGACGGUACUAACAAGGAAGAACACAAUCACAGGUGUCGAGUACAGGGACGAUCCUACUAUCUUUGCAUGGGAAUUGAUUAAUGAACCUCGGUGCCUGACAGAUCCUUCAGGCGACACCCUCCAAGAUUGGAUUGAAGAAAUGUCAACCUUUGUAAAGUCGAUUGACAGGAAUCAUCUGCUUACUAUUGGCCUUGAAGGAUUUUAUGGUCCAAAAAGUCCCACAAAGAUGAAAGUCAAUCCAGAGUUUUGGGCUGCUGGUCUGGGAACAGACUUCAUUCGCAAUACUAAGCUCUCAACUGUGGAUUUUGCCUCUGUCCAUGUAUACCCUGACCAUUGGUUUCAUAAUCAAAGUUUCGAGGAAAAAUUGGCAUUUGUGACCAAAUGGACACUUUCUCACAUUGAAGAUGGGGAAAGGGAACUGAAGAAACCUAUCAUGUUCACCGAAUUCGGAUUGUCAACUGAGAACAGGGAUUUUGAACCAUCCCAACGGGACCGAUUCUUCAAGGUUAUUCUCGACAUCAUGUACAAAUCUGCAAGACGAAACAAGGCUGGCGCAGGCUCCUUUUUCUGGCAGUUCCUCGUCGAAGGCAUGGAAGAGUAUAAUGAUGAUUUCGGGAUUGUUCCUUGGGAGAGAUCUUCCACAUAUCAGUUGAUUGCAGAACACUCAUGUAGGCUUGCAAGAGUUCAUGGUGCACUGUCUUCACAGGACCACUUGAUAAAUUUGUGUUCCCAUAGGUGAUGAUCAUCUUAAAUGUUUCAUUUAGGUGAAAUUUUCUGCCAUGGUGCAAAAUAUCUGGCCAUAUUCUUUUGUUUGAAAUCUUUACCAGUGGAAAAUCAGGCUGUAAUUACUUUGUGUAGUUAUACCAUGUAUGCAGUCUUCAUCAAAUGAAUGAGUCCAGGUUGAUUC